UAAAACCCGCGCGUUACUUACAUUGUACUCCUUGUCAAGGGAUUUCAACAAUCUUUCGGUGAGUUCGGUGCAAUAUCUCUGCAUCGGUAGGGCACACAGAAGGCCCUCGUCGGGAAGGAAUUGUGGGUGUUCAGUAUAUGUGUCCUGAGUCGUCUCCACGCCGCACACGAGUCUCACUUCGAUGCGAGGGCCAGCGAGGGCGAGAACGCACUGGCAAUGGCGACGACACCGAACUGCUGAGUGACUUGGUUCGUUCGUCAAGCCCUCCCUGCCUCUCAAGUGCUGCCGACGUGCUCGGAGCCUCAUACUCUGCUCUAUCACCAAAGCCGUAACCCCUCUCCGGACCCAGACGAUCGUAUAAUUCCUAUGACUUUUAUUAACUCGUGGUCGCUCGUGGAAGUUCGAGUCCCUUCGAGCUAAAAACUUAAGCGCUGUCUUCAAUUAUUUUUACGUAUUAUUUUAUUUAUGUUUUUUUAAAUAUAUGUAAUUGUAAAUAAGCCUUUAUUUUAAGCAAGUGGAGUUUUGAACCACCAUCUUGUGGAUUGUAAAUAUAAAUAAUUUAAUAAUAAUAAUAAAAAAAAAUUGUUUUUUUUUUUAAAUAUUCGUGUUUAUUGAUGACGGAUUUAUGGUAUUGAUAUUGGAGUGGAGAUGGAGGAAAUUGUCGAGUUGAAUGAUGAUCAGGGGGAUGGAGAAAUUUUAAAUGAAGAUGAUGACUCCCAGGUACCACUUGACAAUACAUUUGAUAUGACAUUGGCUACGUCUCACUCAUAUUUAGGUGACAAUUUACAAGUACUUCGUGGCAGGACGUUGCUAGACAAUGGAAUCUAUGUAAAUUUACCUCUGUGGCCACCAGAAUCAACGCGACCAAGAUGGCUGGUACUUUUUCCCGGUGGUACUUUGCCUAUUGUCGCUCGUAAUUCACGGCCUAUUGAAAUGUUGCGUCAGUGUAUUGCCAAGGAUCGAACCUUCGGAGUCGUCUGUGUUCGAGAUGUAAAUAGUGUGGGCACAACUGCAGAAAUUUAUGAGUACACUGAGGAAUCUUUGAUUCAUGGGCUGGAGGAAGUGCGCGUCAAAGCCAAAGGCAGACAGCGAUUUAAAAUAAUACGUAUAAAAAAUACUACGGGAAGGAUACCUGUCGCUGAUGUCAAGAUAUUACCGGAAGUUGAAUUGGGAUCACCUAAUUAUGAAAGUCGUAUUGCGUCUUUAGAUCGGUUACGAGGACCGACAACAGAUCGUAAUAUUAAGAGACUGAAUAAAGUUGCGAGAAUUGACGCUGCUUUAACACCCUGGCCUUCUUGGGUCUAUCAUCUCUAUGACCCUAAAAGACUGUCUGCAAAAAUUCAUAAUUAUUUAAAGUUCUUACAGUCAAAAGGAGGGAACAUUCCAAGUGAUCCAACAGAGUUAUCAUUUUGGGUAGCGCAGAAUUUAGUUAUCACACCCAAGACAGCUCUUUCGCUUCUCGAAAUAGAUUCAGUGAUAUUUAGACUCCAGAGAGAAGAAAAACUACUCCGUAAAUUGGCAAAUAAUAUUUUUGUUUGCAAACGAUGUGGUGCCAAAGUUGCAAGACAAACAGACGUCUUCCAAAUGAAUGAAGAAGGUGUGCAGAGUGCGUACUGCAAUCCCGCUGGAGCGAUACAUGAAACAGUAACACUUCAUAAAGCACAGGCGCUGGUACUUGACAAUGCGCCGGCUUCAACAGAGUACAGUUGGUUUCCUGGUUAUGCCUGGACAAUAGCACAUUGUGGUGGAUGUCGUUUCCAUAUGGGCUGGAGAUUCACAGCAACACGACGUGAUUUAAAGCCACAAUCAUUCUGGGGCCUGACGCGCACCUCUCUAGCCUGGGGUGAAAGAGAGAGUCAUUAUUGUGAUGAAUGGGAUUCAGAUGAUGAAAAUAACGAAAAUAAUGAUCAAUCUGACGCUGAAUUCUUACCUCCGUACUCUAAUAUUUAUUGAUCAUGUUUAAAAAGUUUAUUGUUUUGUAUUAUUCUAUCUACUAUAAAUAUUAAAGUUUUCUAAAAACUUACCAUGGAGAGGAAGUUUCCGACAUUCUUGUCGAUGUUUUUUUUCUUAGAGACAUGGAUCAUAAUUAAGGUUAACAGAAUUCAUAUCUACAUCCUCAGUAGAAAACCUCUUUCUAAUUUUUCAAAUUUCGCGAUAUCUGUUCCCUUAAAUUUUUGGUGAUGGAGAUAAAAAUUAUAAACAAACGCGUCGCAGGCUCAGACAAUGGACCUGUUUGGCCGAACUGUUCUUAGUAAACUUAGCAAGUUACUCAGUGUAAAAAAAAUAAACUGCGCGACUGAGUGCAGCGCGUUUCUGUCUGGACACAAUUACUGACUUUUGCUAGUCGUAUUGCCAUCACCGUAUUUGUUUACCUACAGUAUAACUUUAUAAUUUUAAAAUAUUUUUUAUAGCUCGUAUCAGUGAAAUAUAAAUUAAAAAAAACUCAUACUGAGCAGUUAUAAAACUUUGAUCCUCCCUGAGGAAUUAUUUUAUUUCACAUAAAAAAAAAAUAAAUAAAUUAAUAAAAUCUUUUAGUUGAAGCUUCUGUUUGUUUAUAAUUUAUAAAUGAAUUUUGCAACGCGAUACUAAAUAAAAUUACGUCACAAUAAAAGUUGCUUAGUAUCUGACAAGUGUUUGGUCGAAAACUUAAGUAAGUACUUUUAGUAACUUAUUAAGUUCACUAAGGACCUAGUCCGGCCCAACUGGCCCAAUAUGUGCUGCGAUUGCUGAUAAAAAAUGUAAAAGUCAUUUGUCAAAACUGUCAGUCUAGGUUUUCUACUCAGGAUGUCAUUGAUAUAUUUAAGAGAAAAACCUGGACAAAGUUUUCUUACAUUAAUUGUGUACGUGAGGUAAGAGACCCAGUGCCCGACCAGGGAACUAGUACCCGGUCACUCACGUCUUUGAAUUCUAUAUUUACUAAAUUUUACUAAAUAUAUCUAUACAAAUAUAUGGAGCAAUCGAGUACUGGUUCCCUGAUCAAGUACCAGGUCUUACUCCACAAUAAGGACAGUGCCGGUCUUAAUUUAAGGCAAGGAUAAAAAUAGGUUAAACUUUUGCGUUCAUAUAUCGUAUAUUUAUCGACCACCUUAUGGAUAAUUUAUUUAAUAUAUUUAUUUAUAUAUUUAUAUAAUAAUAAUAAUAAUAAUUAAUAAUUAAACCUAUUUAUAUAUAUAUUUAUAUUUUCACCAGUA